UAUGGCGGACGAAAAAGAAAUUGAGUUGCUGAAUAAGCUAGAAAAACUAAAAGAUAUCAGGUCACGGACACUUCAGCUAGAAAAGAUGAAAUCCCGGUUAAAACAGGAAGUGGAUGUAACAGAGAAUGAAGAGCGAUGUUUAGAGGAAUACAGACAGGAAAUGGAACUCCUUCUACAGGAGAAGAUGGCUCACGUAGAGGAACUGCGCCUCAUACAUGCUGACAUCAAUCUGAUGGAGGCGACUAUUAAGCAGGCUGAGGAGGACCGUAAUCACGCUCUAGAGUUUGCCAAGAAGUUGUAUGAUGAGUAUCUCCCAAUGAAGAAUGACAUCGACUCGCUGCGGUCAGUGAUUGGGCUGGACAAGCUGCCGGAAUUGCAGGAUGAGGAAGACAAACUGAAACCAGAAUUUUUUGAAAAGCCAAACACAGAAUGGCAGACAGAUCCCCCAGAAGCACCUAUCCCACAAACCCUUGCUGUGGCUGCAGCAGCUGCUCAGCAGAUUCAAGUCUCGCGGCCAAAGAAUGAGCGUCAAGCAUUCCGACAGCAACCUCCACCAAUGAAGGCUUGCCUCUCCUGCCAUCAGCAGAUUCACCGCAAUGCUCCAAUAUGUCCACUCUGUAAGGCCAAAAGUAGGUCACGGAAUCCCAAGAAACCCAAACGAAAGCUGGAUGAAUAAUUCAACUGCAGUAUUUUGUACCUGAUUCACGCAAAUCUUAUUUUCUGUCCAUCAGUUUACUAUGUUAAAAUUUUCCUGCAUGUUCUAUAUAGAUUGGUGUAACAGAUUUUGAGUUUUGAAAAACAGGCCCCCCUCCUCCAAAAAUUAAUGUGCAGAUUUUGCAACAUUGAAGCAUUUGAAAAUGGGUUUGAAGCUUAGUAGUAGAGAGCACACCUGACCUGUGAUAAAUUAUUGGAUCAUUUAAAUUAUUUUUUUACAUUUUAGGACAAUUAAAUAAUCGAUAACAGUAAAAUGAUGGACAGAUUUUAGUUAUAUGUGUUAGUAUGGUUGUAUGAUAAAUCUGUAUUGAUCUAUUAUUUUAUAUGUGAGCUUUGUUUGUACGAAUGGAAGUUACCACAUUCAGGAAUAUAAAGGUUUGUUGUAACAUUUUUGACUCUUCAUUUAAUUAUAAUAUAACAAAAGUAUAUGCAAGUAUGUUUAAAAAAUCAUUUUAAUAUGUCUGUAUAUAGUGUACGGCCACAUGACUAACAAGCAACAAAAGUGUAUUGUUUAAAAAAGAUUAAUAUUUCAGUAUAUUGGUCAGUCCCUUGAAUCCGAGUGUUAUAAAGGCAUUGUAACAAAAACUAAUUUGUAAAUCUUUAUGUUAGUCACAAUUGACUUCUCUCCACAAAAUGUAAAACUUACAUGCAAAAAAACAGUGGUAACCCAUCAGUGUUAAUUUCUUCAAGGCUAGUUCUACCGGUAUAUGUUUACGAACCCUGAUGUUAAAAUGUAAGGAUGUCCAUUGCUGUAAAUACAUGUACCUUUCAGUGAUUGUUGCUUGUGACAUAUCUUUGAUCAUGUUGCUUCAGUAACAUUGUUAACCACCAGUGUUACGGAUGUCUACACAUAACUACAGCAUAGCAAUAGGUUUUUUUUACAUUACAUUGCAAGGUUGUGCUUUUUCAGCAAUUUGUUUUUGUGUAAAAUUAAUUUUUGACAAAGUAGAUUGCAUUUGAUCUGAAAUGCUGAAAAAUUCUCUUUAUUAAGGUAUGGCAGAGUUCGACAAAUCCGAUAGCCCUAUGCCCGGGGCUAGUUCUUUUUAACACAGGGCUAGCGACAAAUGCAAAACCAGUAGCCCAAUGGGCUAGUGGCUUUUAAAAAAAGCACACCAACCACUGCUAUGUGGUUCAUUUAAUUUAAUUAAAGUUACUACUUACAAAAUGCAUUUUGACCUUGAUGGCAUUUUUUUUUACCUAUUAUUUGGGUACCAUGAAUGAAUGAACGAAUGAAUGAAUGAAUGAAUGAAUGAAUAAAUGUUUAACGACACCCCAGCACAAAAAUACACAUCGGCUAUUGGGUGUCACAAAUGGUACCAAUUCCACAAAUGUUUUUAAAAUGGAUGUUUCUGGGGUUUGGCUGCUAUCUCAUGUCUGAAUCUCAGAAUGUCAGGUUUUGUUUUAAAAUCCUUUGAUAAUUAAAAAAUAAUUUUGACAUCAGGUUUUUGUGAUAUAUUAUCCAUUCAUCGCUUCACUAAACAUCUUUUGGGAUUAAUAAAAACAAAGGGUAUAUUGUUUGGAUUCAAACCUAUUACACUGAUUUGAACGUUUCACAGUCUGCAAUCUCAUGGUUCAACAUGGAAACAUAUCCAACCAAGUAUUAACAUUAUGGUGUGUUUGUGACAAGUUCCUGUGAGAAACUGCUGCUAUUGUCAAUGCUUUAGAAUUUUAAAUUACAGGCAUUUGAUAAUUCUAAGUUGGCGAAAAGAAUAUUGAAAGAGUUGAAAAUGUACCAUUAAACACAUACAGAGAAGAUAACUAGUACAUUGAAUAAUGGACAUUUUGUAGACACAAACAAACAAACAACAAUGAAUUUGUUUUGUAAAUGUUUUUGCUUUUGAACUUCCAUGUUUGUUACCAUAUUUUGUAAAACAGAUGGGUUUUUUUUUUACAUGUUUGUCUGCAUCAGUUACACAAUGCAUUUGUGAUGCAUUGUAAAAUGUUCAAAUCAUGCAAUUGCACAUACUCUGGUGCAAGACAUUAAAUAGCUGGUUUCUCUGGUUUGCUUUGGAAUUAAACAUUUAGAGCCGAAUUUACAAAGCCUGUUUAUGUCUUACACGAGUGUAAUUACAUACAUUUACAAUGUUUAAACACCUGCGUUUAAUAAAAACAGGCUUUGUAAAUUUGGCGCUAUAUUAUUAGUUUCGAUAUUUAGUGAGCUUUUUUUUUUUUGUCAUGUCUUCCAGGAUGUAUAAUUCAUAUAAUAAACUGAUCUCAUGGUGUAUAUAUAAUUGCAUUUAUAUAGGUGUGUAUUUUUGUCAGUAUUAACUCUUUAGUUUUGAAAUAAUUUACAAUUUAAAUAGUUUUACGGGACUAUUUUCAUAUCUGUGUUCAUGAAGAAAUGUAUUUGUGAAAUAUCAUUUUGAUUUAUGUCAUAUCAUUCUUUUUAAAUAAAAGUUUACUAAUUUAUUAGGAA